CUGUGGCCUCUGUGGAACAGUGGAAUAGAAUCGGAAUCGGGGAGAGCAUUGCAGUUAAUUGCAGAGCAUUGUACGAAUGCAUGUAUGUACAAUCACAUAGAACCUUGGUACAAUACAUCAGAUUGCGCUCAGUUAAAGGUUAACCUACAUCUUACGGAAAACAAAGCGUUUCAACGAUGUUUCCAGCUUAUGCUCACUUGUCGGCUUACGACAGGCACAAAAAACUCGUCAAUGAUUAUCUGACAUUUUACGGAAAGUCCGUAUCGUCCUUCAAGCGAGACACGUCCCGAGACAAAACUGAUUACGACGUUAUCAGAGAGAACCACAAGUUUCUCUGGGAUCAAGAGAAGGAUGUUCCAGAUACAUGGGGCGCAAAAUUAGCUAAGAAGUACUAUGACAAAUUAUUCAAGGAGUACUGCAUAUGUGAUCUUACAUAUUAUAAAUAUAAUAAGGUUGCUCUGAGAUGGAGAGUGGAGAAGGAAGUAAUAGAUGGGAAAGGACAGUUCGAGUGUGGCAGUAAAACGUGCAAAGAGAAGGAAAACUUGCGUUCCUGGGAGCUUAAUUUUGGCUAUGUAGAACAUGGCGAGAAGAAGAACGCGCUAGUCAAAUUAAGACUUUGCCCAGAAUGUUCCGUAAAACUUAAUUAUGGAUCACAAAAGCGGGAAGUAAAAAGGAGAAAAUCUUUGAAGCGUUUAAACACAAAUUCUGAAAGUACACCACAUACUGAUGUGCCUACUAUGUCCAGUAAUCCAGACUCGGAUAAUAAAGAGGAUGCGGAUUCUAACUCAAUUGAAAUACAAAGCAGUGAGGUUACUGAUACGAAUGAGUCCAAUAUCUGGAAAGAGAAGCCAGUUGAAGAUGUAGAAAAGACAAGAGAGAAAGAAUUUGAAGAAUACUUAGCAGAUUUGCUUAUGUGAACAUAAUUAGAGUUUUAUUAUAAUUUAUUUUUUAUUUAGUAUGUUUUAUUGUAAAUAGAUCUUGGAAAAUAGCUUUAUUUCUCAAUUCGUUGAAUUUUUUGUAAAAAUAUUAGAAUGUACGAUAUAGCUAUAGAUAUAUUUAUACAAUUUCAUUAAUAAUAAAAUUUUUAUAUAUGGAAGAUAAAAUUCAAAAA